CCGCCGCUCCUCCCGCCGCGCCGCCCCCGCCCCGCCGGGCGAUGAGGAGCUGCUUCUGCCUGCGCCGAGGGAGCCGCGAGCCGCCGCCCGCCGCGCGGGGAACAGAUCAGUCCACAAUGCCUGAAGUGCGAGAUCUCUCCGAUGCCUUGCCUGAUGUGCCAAUGGAUCCCAUCACAGGGGUUGGCGUGGUUGCGUCCCGGAGCCGCGCACCGACAGGCUAUGAUGUAGUUGCACAAACAGCAGAUGGCCUGGAUGCUGACCUCUGGAAGGAUGGCCUAUUUAAAUCCAAGGUCACACGAUACCUGUGCUUCACAAGAUCAUUUUCAAAAGAAAAUAGUCACUUAGGAAACGUCUUGGUUGACAUGAAGCUCAUUGACAUCAAGGACACUUUACCUGUGGGCUUCAUCCCCAUUCAAGAGACUGUUGACACACAAGAAAUAGCUUUCAGAAAGAAGAGGCUGUGCAUUAAAUUUAUCCCUCGAGAUUCUACAGAGGCAGCCAUCUGUGAUAUCCGAAUCCUGGGAAGAUCUAAGCAAGCCCCUCCUCAGUACACGUUCAUAGGGGAGUUGAACAACAUGGGCAUUUGGUAUCGGAUGGGCAGAGUUCCCCGCAACCAUGAAUCUUCACAGCCUGCUGCUCCUUCCCAAGCACCAUCUCCAACACCAGCUCCCAACCUGCCAAGGCAUAUCUCACUGACGCUUCCUGCUAGCUUUCGAGGCAAAAGUCACAGCAGCCGCCUGGACUUGGAGCACCAGCACUCAAACCUGUAUGCCAUAUCAGAAGACGCAGGCAGAACAAAUAAAAACAGUCUCGUCGCUGCAGAUUCCCUGACGCUGGAGGAUCUCUCAGGGCCGACUGCAGGCAGCGCUGGGAGGUGUGUCCCCAUCAUCCGGGGAUGGAUCUCAGUGGCGUCAUUUCGUAAUCCCUGAGGUGGGCCAUCCCUGUGUCAGAGCCAUCCCAGCACCACCCCUGGUGCCCUGCAGGCCGUGGCGGAGGGCUGAGGUGCAGACCCAGCCUGGGCCAUCCUGUCCUGCUGCUGCUCCUCGCAAACAGAGCAGCCGCUGAUGAAGACGCAGCCUUGUGGUGAACGGAAUUAAAAUCUGCUGUUAAGUUAGGAAAGUGGGGAUACAGCAAACGGACUUUUGGAAAGAGUGCUUAUUUCUAACUCUGUAGAAGGAAGACGAGUAAUUAACUCAGCCAUUAGAAAUCCCAGGAUUUCUCUCAUCUCCUGCGGAACAAGAAAAUUGUCUGCGUAUACUUUUAUAUGUGUACAAAUAAUAUAUAGGAAAGCAAGUAAUGGCAUAAAUCAGGAAUGAUUAGAAAAUAUUUGUUCUAAUGAAGUAAUAAUUUGGUAGUAAUGCUUUUCAUCAGCAUAGCUUAAGGCUACAUUAAGUGGACAGACUUUAUAUGGAUUCUCUAAUUUUAAUCUCCAAAAUGCUAUCUAAUGUCUCAUUAAGACUCGCAUAUAAUGUAUCUUAAGUACAGUCAUUAAAUAUAGUUUAGGGAGAUUUAUGUUCAGAUAUUGCUUAAAGAUGUUUUAAUAGGCCCAUUUACUCUGAUGAUAUUAAUGAGCUCUUAACACAUAUUAAGCUUCUAAAACUGGGAGCAUUCCUCUCGCAGUGACAAAACAGCGUGCACUGGGGCCCGGUGGCACAGCCGCGUUGCGGGGCUGCAGUCGCCCCAGGGCUGUGCUGCUGUGGGCGGUGGGGCUGGGAGGUGCCACGGGUCUGUGUGUGUACUGCAGUAAAUAACGAGGGCUUUUAAGGACUGAGCCAGGCACGGCCGUGAUUCAUACAGCCCGCAGUUUUGAUCGUUUCAAGUCGGUGCAGGAAUUGUAAUUACGUUUAAUACAAACUGCUUGUUCCCAUAUUGUCACUUUAGUUCCAACUCCACAAGUUAUUGCAAACAAAAUUCUCCGGUUUCAUCACUCGGCUCUUCUUAAAGAAUCCUUCUGAGUUCAGAGACUCUUCUAAUUACUAAAUUGGUUUGUUAGGAGGAGAUAAUAGCAAAUUUCUUCUUUUCGUAAUUGGACACUUCUUCCCUGUAGGCUAAUGUAUGCUCAGCACUCGCAUGCACAAUAAGCCGUGCUUUUGAGAAGCCAUAACUAGCUAAUAAGUGCCGCGGUGUCAUCAGAGAGUAAUGGUUUGCUGAUUAGCAUAAUUAAUGACAAAUGGUGGUGUGGAGCUGGCGGAUUGGUUUAGCAGAUGAUGAAUGUGUUGCAGCCGCCACUGAAUCCUGCCAAAGUCCCCUGGCUGCCAGCCGCCCGCUGCCGGCGGGCAGAGCCCUAUGGCUGGGGCUGGCACAGGGCAUGGGCACAGCUCUGAGCACGGCUGCCCCACUGCAGCAGUGCUGAGCACACAGGGGCAGCUGAGGCACUGCAGUGAGCUGUGUCAGGCACCCUGUGGAGGGCGGGAGGGAGCUGCCCAGGUCUGUCUGUGCUACGAGAUGGGUGCGUUUUUCUGUGACUUGAUUAAUCAGCGCUGAUUUGCAUUCGCACAUGAGACUGAUAAAAAUGGAGUUACCUUUUCACCUUUAAAGGGGAGGAGGGAUUAUUUCUAGGUUGUGUCUUUUUUAAGUGAUAAGCAACUCUUUUACCAGUAAGGAUGAAAAUACUUAAUUUGCAUUAGCAAAAGAAGCUAAUUAUUAUAUAGUUAAUUAGCAUCUGGAAAUGAGGAUUAUCUUAAUUACAAAGCACAAUUUCCUUAAUAGCUACAAAACUGUAAGUUUGAUCUGUGUGGAGAUUGGUGACUAUUAUUAUGUAAUUAGUGAUCAUAUUAAUGGUGCAGUGUAUUUAGAUAUAAUUUGCAUAUGCAAAUGAAAUUUACCCGAUAGAAAUAUGUGGCUCGGCUAAUGGCUCCAAGCACUCAAAAACUGAAUUACAUCAGGAGGUGAGGUCCCGGCCAGCUGCAUGGCACCACUGUGCCCCCAGCCCCAGCUCAGCCGCACUGCAGCUGCCGACAGCUGGGCACCGCCUCGUGCAGCACCGCUCUGCGCCUCCCUGCAGCGCCCUGCUGCACGCAGUGCUGGGUGCAGGACUGGUGCCUCCUGCAGUAGCAGCCCCUCCCCUCUGUUUUUACAAAAAGCCAUACAUAUGUCAGCUAAGGGGAAUCAAAGCUUGCAGGGCCAGAGCCCCUAACAAAAGGUAUUGUGUUCCUUUACUGUGCCCUGGCCCCAACCUGCAGUACUGCAAAUGGCUGAGGUGCCAAGAACAUGAGUGCUGGAGGAAGCAGUCUGCCCCAGGCAGGAUGUUUCUCUCAUCAAGGGGGGAAAUUUACAGCCACAGCCAGGGAACACUGCAGCCAUUGUGGGUGCCUCCUCUGAUGCUUUUUGCAACUGUUGACCCCAACCUGAGUUGUGCACGCUGGCACGGCUGUCAGCCUGCUGCGGCCCCACAGGCUCUGCUGCCUUCAGUGAGAGCUGGAGGUGAUGGAGCAGUGUCUGUGUUUUCUUCAGAGCACGGCCCCGCUGUGCUGCUCAGAGCUGUGUGAGCGCCCCACGCUGUAUCAGCUCUGCUCUAAUUAAUUAAGGGCUGUUGCUUGGGAGCAGCACAUGCUUAGGUGUAAGCUUUGAAGUUCAGUAUGUUGCAGAGACUUCAAAGGAGACAUUUUAUUAAAAAAUAAUAAAAUCAAGAGCUCCCAAACACUCGCGAUCCGAAGAGCUUGUUUGAAGUUGCUCCAUGCUGGCGGUGUGGGGCAGCCGCAGCACCCAGGUACCAUUCGCUAUUACUGUGCAGUGCUUAACCUUCGUGUUAUUUAAAGAGAGAAAAUAAUCAAAGCCAGGAGUAUUGCUCAAGUGUUUUCAGGGCUUGAUCUAGCAGUACAGAACUAAUUGUGUUGUGUCGUGAGUUAUGCAGGAAAUAGAGAAAAUCAAGGCUGACAAUCAAAUUAGCAAAAAUGUAAAUUUAUUCCAGGUCUGUUUUUGAAUCAAUGUCAUUCAGGAUGAACAGAAAAGCCGGGGCUGUUUCCAUUGCCAGGACUCCUCUCCGUGGUGAGCCUGACCCUCCUCGGGAGCUCCGGGCAGCUCCAGGCUGCACUGUGGCCUGAGGUGCCUCGUGCUGGAGCCAUUCCCCUGGGCCACAAACCAAGCUGGAGACGCUCCUGGAGGAGGGUGGUGAGCUGCUCGGUGCUGUUGUUUCUCCCCUGAGGUUUGGCUGUCACAGUGCUCUGGAGAUGAGUAGCGGCGCUGCUCCAUCUGGCGCGUGGCGCGCAUGCUGUACUGUUCAGGCUGCUCUUUACUUGGCUGCGUACAGAAGAGCAGAAGUAGGAGGCUUAGCUGUACAUCGUGGAGGGAGCAGCUCGUUCUGGAAGGCUCGCGCCCUCCUUCUGUCGCCUUGCAGGCUGCUUUUCUCCGCACUUGUGAACAACUUUCCUUGGGGCUGAGACCACAGCGUUCCUCAGCUUUCAGCAUCCUGCACAGUUCUGCACAUGGGUGCAGGCUCCGAGCUGUGCUGUAGUGGCAGUGCAUUCAGGGCCGUGUGUUUUCCUGUGGGUUGUGGGAACGGUUAUUAAUGUUUAAUUUUCAGUGCAAUGCAGGAAAGUAUUGUUAUUCAGUUAUUUUAAUAUUUUUAAGAUCAGCAAGUGAAAAUUCAAGUGUAAAAGACCAUGCAGAAACAGCAGUGAAGAGCAUGGAGAGGAUGCGAGGAGGGGUCGGAGGCUGUGCCGUGUCCCCAUGGCUGGGCUGUGAGGAACCGGCGCUGCCGCAGUGUGCACACCCAGCAGCACGGCAGCUAUUUGUCUGCACCCAGGAGCUAAAUAUGACAAUGUUAGCAUUUUUCAUUUCCCUGACGUUACCAUUAAUAAAGCAAUGAUCCAAAAGAAGCUUUGCUGAGUCUGUUCUUUAUGCUUCCAUCACUCACGACUAGAUAAUUUCACACAGGAUCGUUUUUAAAUUAAAUGACGAUAAAAGCGCUCCGCUGUCCUGUGUUCACUAGUUCAUAGAAGUCUAUCAAGUCAUUAAUGUGUCAUGACAAACUGCUAGUUGGAUUCAAGAGUAAUUAAUUAUUUGCAUAAAUAACAGGUUGGACUUGGUGCCUUGCACGGGGCGUUGGGCGCUGGGACGGCUGCGGGUGGACGGAGCUCCGCCGCUCGUUGUGCUCCACGGCCUUCGGCAGCGGCUGCUUCAAGAAGCCAUCUGAUCAUUGGAGAUUUCAGUGAACAAUGAUACAGAUUUUCAUAAUCACCAUUAAUCACCACAUAUUUUUCAAGAUAAUUAUAGCAAUUAUUAUUUAGAUUCCUCUUUUAUGUGCGCAUUGUAGAAAAGAACAAGUGCUUAUUACGCCGGGUAGUGUAGAGAACUACAGUCUGAAGUUCUUUGUCAUCCAGAAACUCAUUAUGUUAACUGAUGCUGUCUGUGAAAGUUCGUCAGCAUGUUUAAAUGAGGGUAGCAUUGGCAGGUCUGAUUAUUUAAAUCUGGUAGCUUUGCUAAAAAUAUAGUUAUUCUAGAAAGAUGAAUUACUAAUUUGACAACUGCGAUUUAGUUGGAGUCUGCAGCACAGAAGGCAGCAUCUAUCGUGUGCUCGGAGUGGGUGACGGUGCUCCUCGUGGUAUAGGGAGAGUUUCUAAGUCAGCUAACAGCUCGUGUCUGCAGCCAGGAGGGGCUGUGGGUGCGUGGCCCCGCGGUGGGCUGGUGGACUUCUCUGGAGUUCGGGCUCAGCACUUCUGGCCGUGGGCCCUUUGGGCACUCUUCUGAUUCCAGCAGACGAGCUAAUUGGUUGUGACCUUCAGGGAGUAGCUGUUCCUCAGAGACAGUAAACGGCGCUGACAUUCUUCUUUCUGAGAUCCCUGUCUGUUUUUUUCUGGUUUUGAGAGUGGUGCAGGCAGCUCCCUGAUCUGUUGCAGAUGUAAUUCCAUGGAGGGGAGAAGCAUCCAGGCGCGGUGCCGCGGUUCUCGGCUGCCUGCCCCAGCAUAGCAGUGCAUGGCCGGGCGCUGCCCAGCUGUGGGCACUCUGCAGCACCAGCCAUCACUGCCCGCUGCAGCACGGCAUGUGUAGGUGCCGUGAGUCCUGCCUGGCUGCGCAGAGCUGCUGGGCGAGCUGCUUGCCUUCUGCUUUUUCCUUGUAGUGUGAUGGGUCUGCCAUGCCUGCUCCUGUGCAACUCCCUGCGCUUUGGGACUGCGGCAUUAAUAACACGCUUCCAUGCAUCAUGCCAUUUUUAAGCAUGAUCGUUAGGAUAAAGGGCAUAUACUUAAUUACAGGCCUGCUUAAUUACAGCUCUGUUGAAGCUCGUUUGUUUGGGAGAGUGCUAAUUGUGCUGCUGGGCCCUUGGCACGCCUUGCAUUCAGCUGCUCCUGGCAGGGCGGGCGCAGGGCAGCGCGGCUCAUCCUGCAGAUCGCCGCACAAACGCCGGCGUGAGCGAUCAAAGCAGCUUCUGUUGGGGGAAUGGAUGCAGAUGGUCUUUCAGGUUCAGAACUUUCCAGGGUUUUGUGACGCUGCUUUUCAUCUGUUUCCUUUUGUUUCAUGAAACACUGUGGCUGCCACAUAACACCUUUGAUAAUGAAAUGAUCUCAGUGGAGUGGGUUUUUUUUGUUUUCAUUUGGUUUGGUUCUUUAAGUCAAAAAUAGACAGAGUGUGAGAUGCUAAGUAUUCUUAAAUGACUCAUUAAAUCACUAACGUAAUAACUCGCUGGUGCUGAUGGCAGUUAGGAAACAGCAAGUGGGGAGAUGCGGGCUUCAGGGGUGCAGAUGCUUUGUGAAAGAAAACCCUAUUUGAGGAUUACUGGAGGGCGUUUCAGGGGUUAAACUUGGUCUGGCUGAAGUUUUUAUUUCCUUAAGAGCUGAAACUUAAAGGUGUAACUGACACAAAGCGUGUGUGCCUGGGGCUGCACUCUGCCUUAGAAAUGUGCCCUUUUCAGUCUUGUGUGGAAAUUGCUGAGAUGCAUGCUUCAGAAGUAAGUGGCUCACUUGUACUGACACAUCUUGUGGGAGGAUUUCUGUGAAGUUUCCAAGGUGGCGAUAACAAGACAGGAACACUGAGCGUCAUUGCGUUAUCAGAGAAGAACAUACAAGACACUAAAAUAGAAGAAAUCCUCUUAAUAUCAUUAAGGUGGUGCUGCAGAGGGUGCCUGGCACAGUGACGUGUCCGCGUGCCUGUCCUCUACUUCACUGAUUUCUGUCCCCCAGAAGCCAUUUGCGUUUUGUUUCAGCUCUGUUUCUUGCUGCUGAAUCUCGAGCGAUGACAGCUGGGCAAGGGAAGGGGCUGGCAGUAGUUCUGCCCAGGUAGCAGUAUUUACAGCUUUGCAUUUGAAAGGUGAAAGUUACCUGAACGAGGUAUUUUCCUUUUCCUCUUGCUAGGACAUCAAGUUAGCUCAGAUGGAUCGCUGUGGUAGUGGUAAAAAAAAAUCUGUCCUUUUAGAGUGUUUGUUCUGCGUUGCAAACACCAUCCUGUUUUGGCAUCUGGCCCAAGUUGGAACCAAACUUAAAAGUGAGACCAUGAAAUUACGUGUGGGUAGAGCAGGGAGGGUUCAUCGAGCUCCUGACUUUGUACGGACUAACCCAGCUGUGUCUUGAAUGGAGAGAAACCGCUGGGAGAUUGGAGGGAGAAAUGAUUGGCAGUAACUUCCAUGCAGCAUCAGUCAGGUGUCAUUGCCAUGUACACUUGGUAUGUUUUUGUGAGUGUGAAGUCGCACACCAGAAGUGAGCUGGAAAAGUAACAUCUCUGCUUGUUUUGUCCC